AUGUCUAACGAUUUGUUCAAUAACGUACCUGAAGUUAUUCUUAGUUAUAAUGUUACACGAACGAUUGGUGAAUCAAUCAGUACAACAACAAAUUCACAAUCACUUAUUCAACAAACAACAAUGCCAACAAAUAGUAUUUCUUUAACAAAUACAGAUAUUUCUCUAGCAGCAUGUGUUGGUUUUGCUAUACUUAUAUUAACUACAGUUGGUGGCAAUACACUGGUACUUUUAGGGCUUUUUCUUGACAAACGUCUUCAUACACCGUCUUUCUAUCUUAUUGCUAAUAUGGCUAUUGCUGAUCUGUUACUUGGUCUAUUUGUAUUACCAUUUUCAUCUGUUCUUGAAUUACUUAAUGAUCGAUGGAUAUUUGGACAAAGUUUUUGUUCAGCAUGGUUAGCACUUGAUGUACUAUGUUGUACAGCAUCAAUUAUAGCUUUGAUGGCUGUUUCUAUUGAUCGUUAUAUAGGUGUAACACGACCAUUGAAUUAUGGUAGUAUAAUGACUACACGACGAACUAUUUAUUUAAUUAUUAUUGUUUGGGCUGUAUCGAUAUUAACAUCUGUUGUACCUUUAUUUGGUUUAACUGAUCGGGAAAAACAAUCGAAUGAUUUAAAUGUUGCUCAAGAACAUUAUGAAACAUGUAAAGUUAAUAAAAAUACAUUUUAUACAAUAUUUUCAUCAAUGAUAUCAUUUUAUAUACCUGUUAUUAUUCUUCUUAUACUUUAUUCACGUGUGUAUCAAGAAGCUAAAAAACAAGGAGAAAAAUUAGAAAAUGAAAAACGUCGUCUUUAUCAAAUUGAUUAUCAAAUAGCAUCGGAACAAGUACGUCAAAAACAAAAUCAUACAAAUGGAAAUUCAACAGAAAAUCAGAAUAAUGAUAAACGUUCACCAGAUAAUCAACGAGCUUAUUCUAGUAUACCCGAUAUUAAUAGAACUGAUGUAACAAUAGCACUUUUAAAUAAUGGAAUGGUUCCUGACAAACAAUCGAAUCUUGAUCAUGCUUUAGAUUUACAUGAUGAAAGACAAUUCAAACGAGAGUAUUCAGAUACUACGAAUAAUAAUCAUGAUGAUGAUACAUCAUAUUCUGGUUCAUCACUUACACAUUAUAUUAGUAAUGCACGUCGUUCACUUAGUAAACGUAUAUCAUCAACAUUUAAACGAAAUUCUCACACAAAUACUGGCCAUCUUUCACAUUAUCAUCAUCAUCAUAGUGGACAAAUGUCUCGAAAUGAUGAAUUAUUAAUAAUAAAACGUAAAUUACAUAAUCUUAAACGUGAAAAAAAAGCUUUCCGUACACUUGGUCUUAUAUUAAGCGCAUUACUUAUAUGCUGGCUACCAUUUUUUGUGACAUUACCUCUCAUGUCAAUACUUAAACAUCAUGGUAUAAUAACUGCUGAAAAUACUGAGAAUACAUGGUUUAAAAUAACAUUUUGGCUUGGUUAUUGUAAUUCGGCAUUAAAUCCAUUUGUAUAUGCUUUCUCAAAUCGUGCUAUACGUCGAGCAUUUCGUGAAGUUAUAUUUCGACGUUUUUGCUGUUGUGGUUUACAAUGUUGGCUAUGUCGUCAUUUAUGUCCAAAUAAAGCCGAUCAAUUUAAUCAACAACAAUCAUGUCAAUAUAAACGUGAUCAUAGUAAUUCAAUAGGAACAGAAGCAUUACAAAUACCACCAAGACGAACAUAUUCAUUAUCAGCUGAGUUAAUUCGAACGAUACCAAUUACAAUUGAUAAUUUAGAUUCAGCAUUAGAUACACCAGCUCGAACGACCGAUAAUGGAGGUCCAGUUGUUUCAUUUGCUGAAACAGGUAAAGAUGACAUUUUAUCGAAAGAUAAUAAACGAUCAAGUCAAGAAUUUACACCAACAUCAAUAGAAAACAAUUCAUCCUAA